UCCGCCACACUCUAAAGCCCUCAUCCUGACAGCAGAGAAAAUUUUCAAGAUGGCAGCCGCCAUGAGGCGCUGCUGGACACAGCUGACCUUGCUGUGGCCGGCAGCAAGUUAUCAUGCGAGGCCGAGGAUUUGGGGCCUUGGUGGAAUUUACAAGCCAGACCCUGAAGACCCUCGCACCAAGGAGUGGCAAAAGGGACCAGCGUAUGAGGCUAAGUUGUACGGAAGAUUUGGGUCUCCCUCAGGGGUUAAGCCUGAGAGUUUAUGGCCGAGUCAGGAGCGCCUGCGGGAGAUAGAGGAAGAAGAGAAGGAAUGGUGCCCGACCCUUCGCGAGAUGCUGGAUAAGGUGGAGGCAGAGGAACGAGAAUUGCAGCGAGCAAAGGAGGCGAGGGAACGUCUGAUUGCUGCAAAUAUGGCCAAGAUGCCAAAGAUGGUUGCAGACUGGCGCAGAGAGAAAAAAGAGCUUAGGCAAAAACUACGGGAAGAGAAGGAUCGUAGGGAACGUCUCCUGGCACGUGCAAGAGAGAAGUUUGGGCUGAAUGUGGACCAUCGUAGCCCUAAAUUCCAGGAGCUGGUAAAAGAGAUGGAGAAAGAGGAAAAGAAGAAACAGAAAGCCCUGAAAAAGAAGUUGAAAGAGGAAUCUCUGGCAGCAGUGCCAGCUACACCGUCCCCUCAAUCAGUGAGCACCACCAAGGCAGAAACACCCUAAAAAUACAAAUUCAGUAUGUGAAUUUACUGUGGUCUUUUCUGCUUAUCAAAGCAGAAUUUAAAGGGACGCUGUCCUGAUUACCUCAGGAAAUCAUGUUGUAUGCAGCAUAUACACAUCUCUUAGGGGAUGAGAGUUCAGUACAGAAGUCAGAAAGUGAGGCACAAGUCUUUGCCUCAGUAAUACAGAUCAUCCGGAAACCUUACUUUUUUUAUCAUUCUGUUCUGCACUAAGAGGAUGGCCGUACACUUUGGAUUCCACAUUUCAGUGGCAGUUUGUAUUGGUGAAAGGAAUGUAUUUCUUGGAAUAUUUAAUAGUAAAAUGACUUUUUUUUUUGCAUAAGCAGGGACUGGUUUAGAAUGAUUAUACAUUGAUGUUUAAUAUAAAAUCUUAAUGUGCAACUGAGUUUUUGGAUUUAUUUGCAAAAUAAAAUAUGAAAAAACUA